GGCAACAAUUCGUAUGGCGUCUGCGCUGCCGUUCACCGUCCGGGCGGCACGCACCUCGCGAGCGCUGCCUUCGCUCAGCCCGGUUGCCGCAGUGGGCUGGCGAUCCCUCGGCGUCCGGAUGCAGUCUGGUAUCAACGAUCCGACGGUGGUCGACCGCUGCACCGCAGCACUCGAGGCGGCGCUCGAGCCGACCAGCGUCAAGGUCAUGGGCGCGUACGACGACCCGAACGGCUCGCACAUCACGAUCGAGUGCGUGUCGCCAAAGUUUGAGGGCAAGCGGUCCCUCGCGCGGCAGCAGAUGGUCUUCAAGGCCAUCUGGGCGGAGAUGGAUGGGCAGGGCGGGACCGUCCACGCAGUCGACACGAUGGUCCUCAAAUCGCCAUCGGAAGUCAAAGACGAGUAGUGCGCUGCGCGCGGCCAGAGGGUUUAGAGCCUCCUGUCUCGGCAACCACCGGGCGGCGCGGCGCGACAUGCUGUGCGGCGGCGAGAGAGGGGUGGGCUCGCGCGCACCCGGGCGCGAGCCCACCAGUGUUUCGACGUCGCUUUUGCUCGCGACGCGGGUUCCUUUUGCUGUUGCAGGUCUCGUG